AUGAAUUAUUUUUUUGUAUCAUUUUGUUUCUUACUUAUGUGCAUUAUGCACAACAAUAUUGUUCUAAAUGAAAAAAUUAUUCCUAUAGGUCCAGCUAAUCGUUCUAAAUUAAAAAAAAUGAUAGAAGGUGAUGAAGAUUUUAAAAUAAAUAUACACGCACCUGUAGAAGACACACAAGAAACUCUUGAAGCUUUGGAUUCCUUGAUGAGAGUAGAAGAAAUUCACAGAAAAGCUGAGGAGGAGGAAUUUAUGAACGAUAAGCAGAGAUUGUUAAAAGUUCAUAAAAAAAGAAUUCAGGAUAUUGUUGACUCAGCUUUUGAACCACUACAUGCUUUUUUACCGAAUCCUUUGCAAUAUUUAGUUAUUAAAGACGUACAUUCGUAUUUAAAAAAUGUAAAAGAGUAA